AUGACGUCAACCACUUCUAACGUGCUGGUACCAGCGCCAAACCUCGGCACAGUCGAGCCACCAUUGGCCAUCAUCUACAAUCUCCGUUCGGGCAACAUCAACGUCAACCCCCUUCCGGAGAACACCGCUCUGACACCCCAGGAUCUUUCGGAGUAUCGACUAACCGUUCCAGUGACCACGGUGCACCGAAAGUCGCUAACAACGCCAGAAGACGACAUGUGGAGAGUUAUGUCUGCAAAAAACGCCCACAACCACAAGGGUGAGGGCGACGUGGGAAGCGCAAGUGGUGGUCAGACAGUUAAUUUUCGCAGACAAGGCUUUGGAACAGAGGCCUGGAGAAUACAAAAUCCUACACACAUCGAGGAACUGAUGGAGAUGGAGAAGAAAUUAGAGAACGAAGCGGCCUGUUUGCCCUCACCCAGGGCUCGCUACUCCCCUCCAAGGAUCGUUAAGCCCAAGAAAAGUGUGCAAAGUGCUAAGAAGAAGGCGUUUGCUCCGAAAGCCUUUACCCUUGGAGGUAGAAGAAUCGAACCAGUGCAUUCAGAUGAAGAGUGGUUUUUGGAAAGACUUCUAAGGAUUUUUGCUCUUAUUGCCUUCGUCUUGACCCUGCCUUUCUCUCUCCUCUUUUGCUUUAAGGUCGUUGCGCACUACGAGCGCGCUGUGGUAUUCCGACUGGGUCGGCUGUUUGCUUCAGAGGCGCAAGGCCCCGGACUCAUCUUCCUCCUUCCUUGCUUAGACAACUGCCGCGUCGUGGACCUCCGCACCUUCACCUUCAACGUACCAACUCAGGAGGUACUGACGAAGGACUCGCUCACUGUCGCCGUCAACGCGGUCGUCUACUACCGAAUUCGAAAUCCGGUGUGUGCAGUGGUGAACGUCGAAGACGCGAAUAGGUCAACACGGCUACUUGGCCAGACAACGCUGAGGAAUGUCUUGGGCACAGUGAAUUUGGACGAACUACUCACAGCCAGAGAGGAUAUAGCUAUCCUGAUGCAAGAAUGUCUGGAUUCUGUGACAGAGGCCUGGGGUGUCAAGGUGGAGAGAGUGGAGAUCAAGGACGUCAGACUGCCGAUCCAGCUUCAAAGGGCCAUGGCGGCGGAGGCCGAGGCAGCGAGAGAGGCCACCGCGAAAGUUAUUGCCGCCGAGGGAGAGAUGCGUGCCUCCUCAGCCCUCAAAUUCGCAGCCCUAGAAAUCAGCCAGCAUCCAAUAGCGGUGCAGCUACGCUACCUCCAGACCCUAAACACCAUCAGCUCUGGGAAGAAGUCAACCAUAAUCUUUCCAAUUCCCAUAGAGAUGCUCAAAUUCUUCAAGGACAGUGGAAUUGACGUUCCGGAACACUUGGUAAAAGCCAUGGAGCCACUUGUGAACUCCUACACUGGAGACGACGAUCUUUCCAAUAUUUCCAACGAACACGUGUGA